AUGGCGGGCAAAGGACACGGACCCAAUGUGGUCCGCUUGGACCCGGCGCUCAUGAAGUGGUACAAAAUGAACGCGAACCGAUACAAGUACUUCCGCUGGACGAAAUACACCGCGACCGUCUCCUUCAUCUACAUUGUUGCUGUUCCGGCGGCCGUAUUCGCUGGAGGAUGGUUCACUGAGGGCAAAUGGGACUUGCGGGGGAAGAGGAGGGGCGAUUUGCUCGUCGAGUACUAA